AUGCAGCGCUCCGGUGACCUGACGUUGUACAAAAACCUCAAGUUGGACCGCCAGGUGUUGCGCAACGGCACCACGGGCGAGGAUGUGAUCUUGGAACCAUCUGCGGGAGGAUGGCUCUUGUUGGAGGAUGCAGCUCACGGAUCGUACGUGGCUUCAGCGGAAGGGCAACAGCACUGGUGCGUUGACUUGCUGGAGUUCAAUGUUGUAGUGUGCGACGACGAGAAUGGCACACCGUCCAAAGUCGUUGUUGACUCGCACGGCGUUGUUAGGAAGCUCGAGACUUUCAAGAGCCAGUUUAUCACCAAAGAGGUGCCCAUUCCCAUCCAUGGAUCUGGCCAGAUGCUGCAAGUCACAGUGUAUCAGUUAGAGCGCCCUUGGGAUGGGGCGCGUGUCUUCUGGAGCUGCAAGAGCUUGCAUCUGGAAGCGUUUGGCAAAGACUGCCCAAGAACCCCGCACCAAUGGUAUCAGAAUUGGUGGACGUGGUGGGAGAAGGCCAUCUCCUCUCAGCGGUGGCCCAGUGACUGUCACGUGCGGCGUGCCAAGAUCCAGAAGUGCAAGAGCAACAGCACCGCGAACGCGGAGACUCGCAUCUUCCCUGAGCCCAGCUUGAGCAGCCUCGCGUUUGCUUUCCUUCUACCCCGGUGGUGCCAAACAUCAGCGAAUCAGAAGAAAUCCGCCGAGACUGCAUCCACAUGGAAAGCCUUGUUGCAAGGACUUUUGCUUCGCACGUUCGGCGACACAACGGUGGCGGGGUUCUUGGCUGCAAGCUGGGAUGAGGCCAUCUUGCCCGUCCAGCAUGGCUUGCCGGAUGCCAGUGAGCAGGUUGGCAGCGAGACUGCCCACACAGCUCUGGUCACAGACAAGGGGCGCGCUCGUGCUAAGCGCAUGAAGUUGUCCAAGGUUGCGCUGCGAGUGCGGGAGAAGUCCAACAGCAGCGAGGACAAACAGAUGUUGGCUUACUGGUUGGCUUCCCGUCGUUGUUUCUCAGAACAUGCUGUUGUUGGGUGCGCCUUCGAUGCCAGCCGCUGCGGUGGAAAGAACUACCUCUUCGGAUUCGGGACUUGCCCGGACGGAGAGACGCGUGACUUGCUGACGCCUGUGACCGUGCAAGUGUUGGACCGUCCGGACCCAGACUACGUGCAGCUGCGGCAGGCCAAGAGGGACUGGGCAACUGCAGCUGCGGAGUGGUGCAAAGCCCAAACAGGCAAAGCAGCUGUAGAGAAAGCAAAGCCGCAGCAACUCUACCGCAAGAAGGCAUACGAGUGGCUCUUAGCUUCCAACCAUGCGUUGGAAACCAUGUUUGCACAAGGUUGGCGCAGUUUCCAGAUCCCGGAAGACUGUUCCAGGAGCCCUGAGUCAUGGCCUUGCAUCACAUGCGCACUGGACCAGGGAUCUGACGGUUUUUGCGCGGUCCACUUUUUGGAGCACAUGCACGUGAACAUCAUGGUAGUCAACGAUGCUUCCCACAGAGUCUGGAACGAUGCUCAGUUAGCAUUGAAGGACUCAGGUUGCUGGAGUCUUUGCAUGAUAGGGCUGGUGUUGCUGAACCUGGACCAUGGGCCCUGGGAAGGUGCGAAAUGGCACAGCGAGUCCCAGCAAGCAGCUUUGGAGUACAACCGCUUGGCAAGUACUGAGUGCCCACUUUUCCAGGCACACUUACCGCGCAUCUGUGUUGAGACCGGUCGGCCGCUGCAGGAUGCUAACCCGGAGGUGGCGGCAGAAAUUUGGGAAAGCCUGCCAGAUGCGGUACAAAAGAAGAUGCCUCACGUGGGCUUCAGCCGAUGGUUCGCUUUCUUCGACUCGAUGGAGGUUUUGACAAGGUUGUGGAGCCAGCGCUUGUUGUUCUACGAGUACAUCUGUCUGCAACUGGGCACUCCGGUGGGCAGCAAGAAAGAGAAAGUGGUGGUUGCUUUGGAGCGACGGAGCGAGGACGAGGACGUGCGCAAGAGCACCACCAAGAACGACCAGGCCGAAGUGCGGAAGGCACGCUCUGCGUGCAAAAACACUUUGGAGUUCGCGGCACUUGUGAUGACGGACAGGUGCUUCUGGAUGGUUUGUCGAGGUCUGUGCUCGUUGUCCGCAUUCGUGCGCGACUGGCACAGUGAACAGAAUAAGCGCAACAGGAGCUGCGAAGAAUCCGUCUCUUGGAUGCUUGGCAUGGCCAGCGGUGAAGGUGCAGACAGUUGCAAGGAGACGCUGAAGCAGCUGCAGAGCGAGGCAUUUCUGGAAGAGCUAGGCAUGCCAACCACAGCUUUGCCACCUGGCAUCAGGAUUCUGGAUGCUGAGCAUCCAUUGGUGGUGGAAGAACGGGAAGUGGUCGGGAAGCUAGCAGACUACGCUUUGUCCUUGUGCAAGAGGCGGUUGCGGUCCCUCGGGUGGCACUCCGAGACAUAUCCUGGCAUGUUUGCGCUGUUGCUUUCCAAGGACGAAGGGCUGCUCAAAUAUGCUCUGGCCACCAUGAAAGACGACUGGGAUUGCUGGGAGCGUCUUCGGCUCGAGUCAGGCCCUUUUUGGAAGAAGCUGCAGGAAAGAUCCCCAUUCCGGUGCGUCCACACACAGCAGAUUUUUCGUCUGCUGCGGGCCAGUGCAUGGGAAGCAAGCGACGUCGUUCGUGAUGUCGUGGAGAAGCACUUUGCCGCAAUCACCCAGACGAAGGUUGUGGAAGAUUCUGUGCGACUGGCCCGUGUUGCCGAGACCAACAAAGGCAUGAGCAAAAAAAUCGGGCCAGCAACUGUAUGGCAGGAAUUGUCGUCGAGCAAGCUCGGUUCCAAAACGCACCGCUUCACUGCGCCAGCCUGGCAGACGGAAGUGGUGCCGACCGGCCUCAACACGAGCUCGAGCAGCGGACUGUUUCAUCCGGUGCCCCGUGAGACAUGGGAAGAGCUGCGCAAGGUUGUGUCCACGAGACGGACAGCCCCGUGGUACAGUCCAAGCCCCCUAGCUUCCAUGGCUCCAGCAGAGGACCUGGCUUUACUUCGGCACUGCAAGCAACAGGACUGUUGGGCUGCAGCUAAGAACAGCUGGUGCAGCUUGUUGGUCGAUGUUCCUCGUCUCUGCUUGCGGCCUAGAGGGCGAGAGGACUCUCAGUGGUUUUACAGCAUGGGCAGUGUCGGCGGCAGUGCAGUGGCCGCUUGGCCGAUGGACACUUCCGUGGUUGGCAGCGAGACAUUCCUCUCUCCGAAGCCCGAAGGUCGCAAGUUUUGGCUUCAUUUGCUUCGUGCAGAGGAUUGGGAGGCUUUGACAGUGCAGUGGUGCGGUCCCUUGGAACAGAAGGCGAGAGCCGCCCGGUUCCCUGCUGAUCGCUUCAUUGUGGCGAGAGGAAACCACGAAGCUCUUCCACUGCUACAUUGCGCCGCCCGAAGCGCCUUUUGGUCGCUUCCGAAAACGACCCUCCUGAGCGUGGCGAGACAUCUGGGUGCCGCAGCAUCUUCGGAUCUCCCUCUGGCUGGCGUUCUCGAGGCAUUGGUGAAGCAUAUCUUCCCAGAGAUGAAAGCAGAAGAAGUGGCCCUAAUCCUGCGGCUGCGCUUGCGCAGCUUCGAUGAUUCCCUGGACUUGCUCCAGAACGCGGACGUGGAGGCGGUUUUGGAGAGCAGCGAUGUGAAAGAACUGGACAAAGUCCGUGUUGAAAUGCAGCAGCAACUGAAUGAGGAUGAAGGUCUGCGGGAAGCAGUCCGAAAGCAUUCGAAGUCUGGCACUUCACGGAAGCAGCCAGGUUCAGCGAGAUCCGCUGCCUUCCGCAACUACCCCAAAAAAAUCCCGAAGCCCAGUCAAGCCGAAUGGAACGGCGACAUUGCGCAGUCCUUGCUUCCUCCAGGUGCACGUUUGUUUGAGGACAACCUGAAUCAGAGAUGGUUGCUGAGUAUGGGCAGCGAGUUUAGGAGAUCUCGAAGCUGGGGCCUUUAUGGUUUCAGAACAAGCUCGCUUCUGUGUGCUCAGCUGGCAUGGCAGCGUUGGCAAGAGUCCGGAGGGCAGGAGUGCCCCAUCGCAGAUCUGAUGAACUACCGACCCGGUAGUGAGUGA